AUGAAAGACGAACUGUGCUUCAAUAUCUGCCGCAUAGAAAGCUCCUACCUGCCUAACUCUGCCGUUGGCGACUUAGAGGAGCGCAUACGUACUCGGAUCUCUCCUGCGCUGCAAUAUUCCUGCCGAUUCUGGACUAUGCACGUCACGGCUACGUUGUUCCAAUCAUUGUUAGCGGACAAAGUGCAAUCCUUGUUCAAUGACGAACGUAUGCUGUUCUGGCUGGAAGUGCUGUCUCUGUUGAAGAAUCUGAGUGGACCCGCUUCGACGUUGUCUUCAUUGUGGUCUUGGUUAAAGGGCGAUCAUGAUUACGCGGAACUCAAGAAUGCAAUCGCCGACACGGAACGACUGAUCCGCAUCUUUGCCUCACCGAUGCUGUAUAGCACGCCACAUCUUUAUCUAUCUGUCCUACCUCUUACUCCAGCCCAAUGCCACAUUGCUCAAACACUAUGUACCAGGUUUCCUCGAGCCAUGGUCGUUGCUGCAGGAAGGAUGGAUAGAUGGCCAUCGCUUCAGAGCACACUUCGUGGGCAUACAGACCGAGUCAUUUCUGUUGCAAUCUCACAUGAUCGCCGACGGAUUGUGUCCGCAUCGGAUGACGGGACGAUCCGGGUCUGGGAUGGGGAGACAGGCCUGCAACUUGGCUCGCCUCUCAAGGGGCAUACAGGCAUGGUCACGUCUGUCGCAAUCUCGCACGAUGGCCGACGGAUUGUGUCCACAUCGGAUGACGACACGAUCCGGAUCUGGGAUGGGGAGACACACCAGCAAUUGGGCUCACCUCUCGAGGGGCAUACGAACUUUGUCACGUCUGUCGCAAUCUCGCACGAUGGUCGACGGAUUGCGUCCGCAUCGUUUGACGAGACGAUUCGGGUCUGGGAUGGAGAGACAGGCCAGCAGUUAGGCCCGCCUCUUGAGGGGCAUACAAACAUUGUCACGUCUGUCGCAAUCUCGCACGAUGGCCGACGGCUUGUGUCCGGAUCAAGUGAUAAGACAAUCCGGGUGUGGGAUAUAGAGACAUGCCAGCAAUUGGGCCCGCCUCUCGAGGGGCAUACAGAGAUUGUGUCUGUUGCAGUCUCGGGCGAUGGUCAACGGAUUGUGUCCGUAUCGGAUGACGAGACGAUCUGGGUAUGGGAUGCGGAGACACGCCAGCAACUAGGUUCGCCUCUUGAGGGGCAUACAGAAUGGGUCACGUCUGUCGCAAUCUCGCACGAUAGCCGACGGAUUGUGUCCGGAUCGAAUGACAACACGGUCCGGCUGUGGGACGCGGAGACACACCAACAACUGGGCUCGCCUCUCGAGGGGCAUACAGACUGGGUCACGUCUGUCGCAAUCUCGCGGGACGGCCGACGGAUUGUGUCCGGAUCAAAUGACGAGACGAUCAGGGUCUGGGAUGCGGAGACACGCCAGCAAUUGGGCUCGCCUCUAGAGGGUCAUACAGCCCGGGUCACGUCUGUCGCAAUCUCGCACGAUGGCCGACGGCUUGUGUCCGGAUCGAGUGACAAGAUGACCCGGGUGUGGAAUGGGGAGACGGGCCAGCAACAUGGCCAGCCUCUUGAGGGGCAUACAGAAACUGUCACGUCUGUCGCAAUCUCGCACGAUGGCCGAUGGAUUGUGUCCGGAUCAUUUGAUAGGACAAUCCGGGGGCAUACAGACAUUGUCACGUCUGUCGCAAUCUCGCACGAUGGCCGACGGAUUGUGUCCGCAUCGUGUGACGAGACGAUUCGGGUCUGGGAUGGAGAGACAGGCCAGCAGUUAGGCCCGCCUCUUGAGGGGCAUACAAACAUUGUCACGUCUGUCGCAAUCUCGCACGAUGGCCGACGGCUUGUGUCCGGAUCAAGUGAUACGACAAUCCGGGUGUGGAAUGGGGAGACAGGCCAGCAACAUGGCGAGCCUCUUGAGGGGCAUACAGAAACUGUCAUAUCUGUUGCAAUCUCGCACGAUGGUCGAUGGAUUGUGUCCGCAUCAGAUGACUGGACGAUCCGUGUGUGGGAUGCAGAGACAUGCCAGCAAUUGGGCCCGCCUCUCGAGGGGCAUACAGAGGUUGUGUCUGUCGCAAUCUCAGGCGAUGGUCGACGGAUUUUGUCCGUAUCAGCUGACAAGACGAUCCGGGUGUGGGAUGCAGAACCAUGGCUGCAAUCAGAGCAAUCUCAGACGGCGCCUUCGGGAAUUGCUGACUCUGUCUUGAUCUCUCACAACGGCAGGUAUCCUUCAUCUUCAUUGUUGGACCCCUCGGUCAUGGUGAAUGACGUGCGGGGCACUGUCCAUAUGCCUCUAUAUAAUCUCAAGACCCCCUCAUCUACUAUCGGCUUUCUUGGCCAUCGUACAAUGUGUUUCUCAUCUAAUCCUUCCCAUGUUCUUGGUCCUCCAUUCCCAUAUCUGCAGGGUCAUUCAACGUUUUCGCCAUAUCCCAAUGAUGAGGGUUGGGUGGUCGGCUCCAAUGGUGAGCUGCUUUUCUGGGUCCCAGUCGAUUCUCGGAAUACUAUGUAUUACCCGGGAAACACCUCCGUAAUUCCCAAUAGUGGAUUGCAGCUUGAUCUGAGUAGAUUUGCUUAUGGGCCAUCAUGGCAGGACUGUCGUAGUGUAGAUUGA